GGAGCCGGAAGUGGGUGGGAGUGGGGCGCCAUUUUGUUUGACCGGGCUCCGGUCGCGCGGAAGCCGCUUCCGGUUAUUUUAUUUUCCUUCUUCUGUGGCGGCGGCGGGCGGAGGAGAUGCCCCAGCACCCGCUGCGAGUGGCCGUCGUGUGUUCGAGCAACCAGAACCGGAGCAUGGAGGCGCACAGUAUCCUCAGCAAAAAAGGCUUCAAUGUUCGAUCGUUUGGUACGGGGAUGCACGUGAAGCUACCGGGACCUGCUCCGGACAAGCCAAAUAUAUACGAUUUCAAAACUACAUAUGAUCAGAUGUACAAUGAUCUCAUUAGGAAAGACAAAGAACUAUAUACACAGAAUGGGAUUCUCCAUAUGUUGGACAGAAACAAGAGGAUAAAAUCUCGACCAGAACGCUUCCAGACCUGCAAAGACCAGUUCGAUCUGAUAGUGACAUGUGAGGAGCGUGUGUACGAUCAGGUGCUUGAAGAUCUGAAUUCAAGAGAACAGGAGACAUUCCAGUCAGUGCAUGUCAUAAACGUGGACAUUCAGGAUAAUCAUGAAGAAGCCACGAUUGGAGCUUUCCUCAUUUGUGAACUGUGCCAAUGUAUUCAGCGCACCGAGGACAUGGAGAAUGAAAUCGAUGAACUGAUCCAGGAACUGGAGGAGAAGAGCGGCCGGACCUUCCUGCACACCGUCUGCUUCUACUGAGGGGCUGGGGAGGGGAGGGCAGGAGAGGGCGCGCAGGCCUUCUGCCGCCGCUGCAGUGCUGAUCUGUAUAUAAUUUAUAGUCUAUUUUAAGUUUGAAUCGCUGCUCGGCGCGGGUCCUGUGAUGUGUCCGAAUGAAUCUCUUGUAGAGCGAGUCUGACGAUGGCGCAAAGUGUAUCCAACAUGAAGCUUCAUUAAAAACAAAAACCAUGGCCGGA